UCUUGUUUCGUUUGCUUUGCAGUAUUGCAUUGCACGCAUUUAAUUUGAGGCUAAUGUAAUUAGCGGCGAAAGAAUUUAUAGAUAAAUUCUAGAAUUCAAGGCUUAAGUGAUAUAUUAUUGAAGUUACUUCCAUUAUUUUUUCCGUCUUCGUUUUCGCUGAUGCUGUUCAGAUGUUUUAGAUAGUGUAACUGACAAGUUCAAAUCGGCGGGAAGUAUGGCCGCCAGCGGGACCGCUAUUAGACCAGCCGUUGAUUUAGACAACUUAAUUCAAGAAUAUACGUAUUUUGAAAAGGUAAUGAGGAACACUGCACAGGAAAACAGCGGCUUAAAGAAGGAGAUACGAUCUCUUAAGAAGCAGCUUAUAUCCAGCCAGGAAGCUGAAAAGUUGUCCAUGGAAGAAGCUGGAAAGUUUAAGGCUAUGAUAGACAAUCUUCAGAAAGUCCUUUUACAAAGGUGUGACAAGGAAGAGGAGAACGCCGAACUAAAGUCACAGUUGACUGCAAUUACAGAAAAAACAGGCCGUCUUGAGCAGCAACACAAGACUGAACUUUCUGAAGCACUCAAGAAUUACCAGCAAGAGAUUCAAAGGGUUAGACAAGAGGGACUUCAACAAAAUAGGAUGGAAAUCACAACAAUGGAGAAGUCCCUAGACGAGAAAGAAAGUCAAAUACAGCAACUUGAGAAGCAGCUGACUGGUAUGAGUCACUCGCACCAAACAGAAAUAGUCAAGCUACGGUUAGAGUUUGACGAAAAAGUAUUAAAACUGCAACGUGAAAGAAAUAACGCGAAGGCUCAGGCUGGUCAAUCGUUUAAUGCUAACACUGACAUUUUCCGAAAGAAACUUCAGUUUGCCAAAGCCGAGGCACAAAAGGAAAUCAGCUCCUUGAAAAGUAAAGUUGCCGAGCUGGAAAGAAGGUUAACAAUUCGACAGAUGUCAACCUCGAAGAGAAAAAUGUUCUGACCUGUGAAGCACAACCCGGUGAU